UGUUAUUCGGAAAACAUGGCGGCGCCUGUUGGGGACACAUUACUGGCUAACCAACAACAGUGACUGUGCUGUGUAACAGUCACAGACAAUAAUAAUUGUAUUAAUUUAAUAAUAAUAAUAAUAAUUAUUAUUAUUGAGCCAAAGCGCACAGCUGGAGUCAAUAUGUGGACGAACAACAGGACAGCAGGUGUCUGUCUGAGAGUCCUUCACUGUUUACAGACAGGCUGCAGGACGUGGGGGGGAGUGAGGGGGGCUCACCUGUCUUCAUCAGGACCCCCGUGGAGACUUCUCUUCUUCGGCUCUGACAAUUUCGCUGUGGAAUCUCUCAAACUUCUCACAGUCAGCAGGAGCUCCACUGAUGGAUUAGUGGAGUCCCUUGAAGUUGUUACUCUGUCUGGUCACGUACCAGUGAAGAGGUUCGCUCUAGAGAACCAGCUCCCAACCCACAGCUGGCCCCCUGACAAUGUGGAUGGACGCUUUGAUAUCGGGGUGGUGGUGUCGUUUGGCUGUUUACUCCCAGAGAGACUAAUCAACAAGUUUCCAUAUGGGAUUUUAAAUGUUCACCCUAGCCUUCUGCCCAGGUGGCGAGGACCAGCACCCAUCUUCCACACCAUCCUGCAUGGUGAUACUGUGACAGGAGUCACAAUCAUGCAGAUCCGUCCUAAAAGGUUUGAUGUGGGCCCCAUUCUCAACCAGGAGGGCCAUCAGGUCCCUGAGGACUGCACUGCUGAUGAGCUUGGAUCUGCCCUUGCCACGAAGGGAGCACAUCUGCUGAUUGAUACCUUGAUGACACUGCCUGAGCGGAUGGGGAAUAAGAAGGAGCAAGGACAGACAGGUGCAACCUUUGCCCCAAAAAUCAACACAUCCAUGAGCUGGAUGGUGUGGGAGGAGCAGACUUGUGACCAAAUCAGUCGUCUGUAUCGUGCCAUCGGAUCUCUGACACAUUUGAGGACCAUAUGGAUGGGCAGGACUGUUAAACUUCUGAAUUUUGUAGGAAAAUGUCACAUUUCAUUGUCGGAUGAAAGGAGGAAACCCCUCCCUGGUUCAGUGAGCUAUCAGAGGGAGUCCAACACUUUGGCUGUCUGUUGUAAGGAUGGCUGGGUGGGGUUUAAGGAAGUGCUUCUUAAAAAGCGUCUGACAGCAGCUGACUUCUAUAACGGCUACCUGCAUCAGACAGACAGAGGACUUUUUGUUAGUAAAACAACAUCUGAAGCUCGCCAGAUGAGAGAAAACUCCAGUUUGUGACCCGACCACAUGGCAGCUCUCACUCUUAUUUAUAUUCCAUGUGUCUGUUUUAAGACAUGCGCAGUUCAUGCAUUUAGAGAAUUUAUUUGUACUGUAUAUUUAUAUUCAAAUAAAGUCUCUUUGAUGGAUAGAUGCCAGAAAUAAA